AUGGAUGAUAUGUUUGUACGCCUUGCAAUUCGUGGUCGCCCUCAGCGUAAUUCUCCAGAAAUUACAAAGUUACAUCAUUAUCGAGUAGAUUUGUUCUACUCUGUCAUCGAUUUACAACUUCAAGAAUUGAAUGAUCGUUUCUCGGAGGUAAACACAGAGUUACUCCGUUGUGUAGCUUGUUUAUGUCCACAAGAUUCAUUUUCGUCUUUUGAAAAGAAAAGCUUAAUUAGACUUGCUGAGCUUUAUCCAUUAGAUUUCUCUGCAGUAGAUGACAUUGUACUUAGCGAUCAACUUGAGACUUAUAUUUUGGACAUGCGCUCUAACAAAGAGUUUGAAGGGUUAAAUGGCCUUGGUGAUCUUGCGGAGAAGUUGGUUUUGACAAAGAAAGAUAAGGUAUAUCCAUUGGUUUACAGACUUUUGACUUUAACAUUGAUUUUACCGGUUGCUACCGCUACUGUGGAGAGAGUUUUUUUGCAAUGA